CACAAUCCCUUGCCUUCUUCCGGUUCCAACCAUUCGAGAACUAAGAUGGCGGACCGGCGGCGAAGGAGGAGGACGAGGCGCGCGUCCCAGGACAGCGAGGACGACGACGAGUCUGGUUCGGGUUCGGACAGCGGGAGGUCGGCCUCCCCGACGACCAAGCCCCGCGUGAGAGACCCAGAGCCGCCCGAGGAGACAGCAGCAGCGAUCCGGCCCGAGCCCAAACCCGUUGUGGAGUCCGAAUGUGAGAGUGAAGACGGAGUAGGAGAAGCUGUCCUCUCUGACUACGACAGUGCUGACGCAGAGGAAAACGGCUCCCAUUCAGAGGGAGCGGAGGAGGAAGAGGAGGCAGAGCAGUACAGCGACGAAGAAGCUCCGGCAGCGGCAGCCAGCGAGCCCAAACCCUCUGACGCUGUUGCUGCAGCCGACGAACCGGCAAAGGUAGAGGGGGUGGAAGAAGAAGAGGAGGGGGAGGUGGUGGAGGAAGAGGGGGAGGAUGAAGAGAAGGAGGCGGAGUCGGAGGAAGGAGGACAGAGUAAAGAGGACAGCAAGGCCGAGGAGAAGGGAAACAUCGCCGGGGAGAGACAGAGCGGCGACGGACAGGAGUCUACGGACGACCCCGAGACAAAGGCGGGGGGGAAACCGGGGCAGAAGCUCGACGAUGACGAGGACAGGAAGAACCCGGCCUACAUCCCGAGGAAGGGUCUGUUCUUCGAGCACGAUGUCCGAGGACACGCUCAGGAGGAGGAGAGACCGAAAGGUCGAAACAGGAAGUUGUGGAAGGACGAGGGUCGCUGGGAGCACGACCGCUUCAGGGAGGAGGAACAGGCGCCCAAGAGCCGCGAGGAGCUCAUCGCCAUCUACGGUUACGACAUCAGAAACGGCGGCGGCUCCGGAGACCGACACUACCGGCAGCAGCGCCGGCCGAGACAGAGUACGUCUCCCAGCAGAGACAAGCGGUGGAGAGACGGAGGCGCAGAGCGGCCGGUCCGAUCCUGGCAGCAGAGCGCCGCUCCGAACCGAGGAGGCGCUCCGCCUUCAUCCACCCCCCCGUCCUCCGUGCCCCCCUCGUCUCUCCCCCUCUCCUCCUCCCAGCGCAGCGGCAAUCCCUCCCGGCCGCCUCCCUCCCGCAGCCGACCCUCCUACCAGAAUCAAAUGCACCCCGCGCCUCAGUCCCAGUACCGGAACAGCGACUCAAAUGCGCCCCAGAUGCACCCCAGGGAGCGACAGGGCCCCAAAGCUCAGUCCGACCCCGCGGGAGACAGGGGCGUGGGCAGCAGGGGCGGCGGGGGGAGGGGCCCCUCCGUGGUCGUUGAGGAUAUUGCGUUCAGCCACGGGGGCGUUCGGGAGCAGGACCUAGGUGUUGCGACGACGGCGGCGUCCCAGUCUGCGUCACCGAGACGACAGCAGCAGGAGCAACGCAGCGGUGCCGACAGACCUGCGUCCGGAUUGGCACAUUCCGCCUUGGACGCCUCGUCGCCGUCGACCAAUCGGGAGGCCUCUCCUCCCACCGAGCGGCCGGCGAUGGAGCGUAAAUCGUACUCGCUGGCUCGCAGGACUCGCUCUCGGCCCGCCGACCUGGGCAGCAAGCAGCCGUCCGUGGAGGAGUCGGCCGCAGCCGGGGGGAACAACGCCACCGCCGCUGCCUCCCCCGGUGCCGCCGUGGGAGGGAAGAGCUGGGCGGGGGCGGGCGAUGGGCCAAGCCAGACAGGAGUCACGGGAGGGCUGGCGGAGAUGGACCAGAACUUGGCUCGACUCAGUCUGGCGGGACAGAGCUGGAGCCAGAGCCCGACGUCCUACUUCCGCUCGGAGAUGAAAGGCCUGCCCAACGCCAUGCACAUCCCCGGCGGACCGCCUCCGUUCUCCGCCAUGGAGGAGAUGGGUGCCGGCUCCAAUCGAGCCAAGCGCUACUCGUCCCAACGGCAGAGGGCCGUGCCCGAGCCGGCGCCGCCCAUGCACCUGGGAGUGAUGGAGGGACACUACUACGAACCCAUGUCGUACCAGGGACCAAUCUAUGCCCACGGGGACGGCCCCGCCCCCAUCCCGCCGCAAGGCAUGCUGGUCCAGCCAGAGAUGCACAUCCCCCACCCCGGUCUCCAUCCCCACCAAUCGGGCGGCCCCAUCGCUAACCCCCCGCUGUACGGCGGCCCGCCUGUUUCGCUGCCGCCGGGCCAGCCGCAGCAGCUGCUGCCCCCACCUUUCUACCCUCCGCCGGGCGUCAUGACCUUCCCUUACCCCACCAUGUACCCGACUCCACAGGGUCAGGCCCAGGUGACCUACGGAGGCGUGACGUACUACGACACGAUGCAGCAGCAGGCUCAGCCCAAGCCCUCGCCCCCCCGCCGCACCUCCCAGCCCGUCACCAUCAAGCCCCCCCCUCCGGAGUUGCACUUCGCCACAGAGUGACCCCGCCGGCCCCCCCUCACCCCUCCCCCUGCCACCCAGCCUCAGCCUCACUCUGAUCCCAGAACUACAGGAGCGGGAUGGGAGGGUCAGUGAGGAGCUGUGGCCGGUCGUCCACGGCAACCAUCCAGAGAGGGAGGGGCGGGUGGACUGCAGGUGACGCUCAGCAUCUCUGGUGGACUUUUUCUUCUCCCCUUUCUUUUUUUGUUUUGUUUCUCCUCUUUGUCUCCUCGCCUGUAGCAGCGAGGCGACAUACGGACUGUUCUGUAACUCUGCGGCCGCAGGUUUGAUCCCACCAACGUGUCUUUGAGCAAACAAAAAUGGAAAAUGACGAGUUGAAACCCUUUAGAAGCAUUUAACGUCACGUCGGGACGGACGGAUGGAGUCAAACUCUUAAUGUUUGGGGUCAGAGGUGUGAAAUCGGUAACGGUAUUUUUUUUUAAUUUUUUUUUGUCCUUUCUUCACGGCUAACAGGACUCGGACUGAACCCCGGGAAACAGCAGUUAACGGGCAAUGUAUACGGUUUCUUUGUUCAGUUUACUUCACUCUGUACUUUAGCUUUUUGUCUUUUUGUUCUGUCAUUAUCCAUGGUAGUUAAUACAGAAAGUAGAACAACAUAAAACAUUUGAUGGAUGUUUGUGUGAAGAUCUCUGCGUUCGUUGCUAUAACUGACUUAUAAAUGGGAGACGUAGAUUUUAAAAACCUGUACCGUUCGUCUGAUUUAUGCUCCGUUAAUCUGCAACUUUGAUUACGUGUCAGAAAACUUGACUCCAAGAAACCCGCGUUUCUCAGAGUCAAAGGAGGGGUUUCCAUUCGUUCAUUCGGGUUUUCAUUUCAACAUACUCGGAGAAAAACCAGAAAACGGUCAGUGGGGGCUUUGACGUAAACGUUACAUCGUUUCUCGAAACCCUCGCCAGUUCAUUUUCACUUGAUCUCGAGACUUUGUUUUCUACGCCCCGCAGCAGUGAAUAGAACGGAGGACACCUGCAGAAAAAUCUUACAGGACUAAAACGUACUG